UUCAACACGUGGAAUGGAUUGAGAGGGUAGAAAUUGUUGUCAUUCCCUAAAAAUUUGAAAAUUAUUUUCAUUAAGAUUGCAUUUUCUGGAUAGAAUUGUUUUGCACAAUGUCAGAAUUAAAAGUUAGUCCACGCAAGAGGCCCCAUGAGGGUAAGAAUAAGCCGUUUAUUUCGAACGAAACAGCGACCAGCACACGGGAGAUGAAGCCAACUAUCUUCAGAAAACUGUAUCAGAGGGGUGACUUGCCCAUUGCUAUGGAGCACUACGGCAUGGGCAACAAAAUAUUUUGGAAGGUAGAAAUUGAGAAGUUGGAUUACCACCACUAUCUUCCCCUAUUCUUCGAGGGACUUCGAGAAACUGAGCAUCCUUUCGACUUCUUCGCCAGCCGUGGCAUCAAUGACAUGUUGGAACAUGGCGGUCGAAAGAUACUACCCGUCAUCCCUCAGCUCAUCAUACCCAUCAAAGAUGCUUUGAACACACGAGAUAGGCGGGUCAUCUGUAGCACAUUGAAGGCCCUCCAGAAAUUGGCAGUCUCGGGCGAGUUCGUCGGAGAGGCUUUGGUGCCGUAUUACCGUCAAAUCUUACCUGUACUCAACAUCUUCCGAGGAAACAAUUUCAAUUCUGGUGAUGGGAUCGAAUACGGACAGCAGAAGGGCUUCAAUGUGGGCGACGUGAUCCAGGAGACCUUGGAAGUCCUUGAGAGACAUGGAGGAGCAGAAGCAUUCGUCAACAUCAAGUACAUGGUCCCAACUUACCAAUCCUGCAUGACCGUUCAGGAGUGACGAAGAUGCCACUUACUUUUGAAGUUCACAUUUUUCGAUCUGAAAAGUGCUAUCCGCUUGUAGAAGUAACUGCUAUGUAAUAAUGCGGCAAAGAAAUCCUUAAAAUAGUUUUUUUGGUGAUUGAAUUCAGGAAUAGCUAUAGAAAGUAAAAUUGAUAGUGGUAAGUGUGGCAACCAAAUAGCAGUGACUUUUAUGAUUGGCAACCUUCAUUGGUGUAUAAAAACGGAUCGCAACUGAUCGAAUAGUGUGGAGUUGGAUUUCCCCACUAAAAAUUGAAAUGGAUACAAGAAUCAAUUUCACGAAUAGGUAUUCUGCUUAAACCUCUGUCAAAUCUGAAUGAGUACUGUCUCCUUUCAUUCCAUUAAUGUCAAUGCCAAUGAAAAAUAUACAUAUAGAGAUUGCAACUCUUUACAACUAAUUGUAUGAAUUAAUAACUGUCUUUAUAUUUCGUUCAAUCAUUUACCAGUAGCUUCUCUUGUAUUUCAGUUUUUGUUCUGUUAAUUCACUCCCGUUUGGGUGGGAGUUUAAGAGACCUGAAACAUUUCGAUGGACCAUUUUGACCAAUGUAACUCCUUAACUGCAUUAUUGUCUUAUGUCAUGUCGUGUAGUAUGUACAGCAUACCUACACUUAAAGCGUCACAUUAUUUAUUUAUUCAAUUAUCUAUUGAUUGAUUGAUUAAUUUAUUUAUUCACUUACUUAUUCAUCAUUAUCAUCUGUAUUAAUAUUCCACAAAUUAUUUGAAAGACUAAAAAUUAUAGUCAUGAUGGUUUGUUUAGGAAAAUUUACAGCAUGUCAUUUUUGUAUAUGUAAUCCAUUUGCUUUGUCAAUAAAUUAAAGAAAGUUUUGUUCUUUGGUCAGAUGAAGUACGAA